AUGUUCAAGCAUGCUGUAUUUACGCCUACUCGAUCGGUCACUGCCCUACUGGAGUCAGAUUCUACUAAAAAGAAAAUGAAGAAACCUGACACCAAAAAGGCAAAGAAAAUUAAAAAACAAAAACUCUCUAACGAACCUGUUGAUCCGUUUGAACAAGACCCGGAUAAAACUCAAACAUCCGAAGAAAUGGUGGAUGAUGAAGACAGUAUUUCUGCUGAAGAAGUGGAGAAGAACGUCAUUUCGCCCAACGUAACUGUAAGUAAAACGUCCGAGCAAGAAGCGGAGGGCGACCAUUCGCGGACUGCAUCUCACCCCCUGUCGAAAACAGAAUAUGAAGCAAUUCAAGUGUGCAAGGAUGUCGAGCUAUCUGCUGAGCCUCCUAUGUUUUCAUCACAAAAUAAGAUGAAUGUGGAGACAAACAACACAUUGUUUUCAGAGUCCACCGUCAUCAGUUCUUUAGAAGAGUCACCUCAGUUAGUUGUUGAUUCUGUACAGAAAACUGCCUCCUCUUCGAAACGAUCAAAAAAGCGUUCCGGAAAGCGCCCAGCUGAAAUGCCUAAAUUAGCGUCAACUCCGUCGGAAUUGGUACAAACGGACCAAACGUUGGAAGUAGUGACUAGAUUAUCAACUGUUGAUGACGUAUUUAAAGGGGGCAUGCUUACAUUGUCGGAUUCACUCUUGACCGAAGCACCAGAAGAAAUCCGAAAACUGACAGACCAAUUACGAGUAAGUCCGCACUUUGACCCCAAACUACAGCAUACAGCCAGUCUGUCAUAUUUUCAAAAAUACCAAAAUACAUCCCUACUUUUUACUAAGAUGAAUUAG